AUGUCGAGCUUUCAACUACGAAGAACCGUUCCGGUUUACCAGAACCCGCUCAUAUCUGCUACAGUUCCGUCUCUCAUUUUCACAGCCAUGAGACCCACAGCUGUGUCUGCUCGGUCAUACCAAAAUGGCGGUCCAUGGCAUACACCAGUAAAUCCAAUCUGGAGACAGAAUCGGUUCUAUGCAAUAAAUCGACGGGAACCAAAGCAAAUAAAGAAUAUAAUAGACGUUUUGACAGUCUAUGCCUCAGGUCGGCAGAUUCAAAAGACAAUCAAAACGUUAGAAAAUGACGCCAAAGUCCAUUUAGACGUGACUGCAAGGGUGGACAUGAAACUCAUCCCUGCCUAUGCGACCUUGCUCGACUUGACAAUGAAGAUGGUUGCGGAUGCAAACCCCCCUGAGCUAUGGAACCAAAGCCAAAAUGGGGAAGCCUUUCGCCAACAAUUUCCAGAAUCUCUACGUAGCACAGUGAAGUGGAUACAAAACAAUUCCAAGACACUCAAACCCCCUUCACAUAGCGUCGUGGAUCUGGCACAAUCAGCCGUCAGACCCUUUGAGGAUGCCCGGGACUUGUGUCUUACAACGCAAGACCGUCUGGGUAGAAUUCAUGAGCAGAUCAUGGACAUGCAACAUAAUAUUGGUAUUUUCAACAUAGAGCUAGAACGAGCAGACAAAGUACAUCCCAGAGACAGAAAGAUGCUGGCGCAAGCACGGGAUAAUACAAUAAGUCGCCAGUUUGUCACAUCAAACGAUGCAUAUACAGCCGCUCUGAACGAUGCCAAGAUCGCUCAAAAUAUGAUCAAAAUGCUUAAUGAGUGGGUUCAACCGUACUUCGACAGCGGGGAGCUCAAGGGUCUUAAAGAUGAGGUUAGUCUGCUACUAGAUCGCACAAUUACUCAGAAAGACGUUUUGGAGCGGAUCUUAACAGAUCACGUGCGGGGGACCGCGAUCGUGGCCAACACCUGGUUCCGACCGGUAUUCCACCAUCGGUUUGCCGAAAAAAUCUUGGAUAUACUGGCUCUGGCUCCCCCAUCCGAGAUGAUGCUUCCAUACAUGCGAAGCAUCCUCGCUCUUCUCUCAUGGCCUGGUACUUCUGUCCUGACACCAGACUCAGACAGCCUCGCGAGAUGGAGAAGAAGGCCGCAGUCGGAUUUAAGAACACGCUUGGAUAAAAUUGUAAAAAUGGCCGAGGGUUAUCAGAAGCGAUUUUCUUAUCAGGGGUCUGAGUCUGCCCUUAGGCGAUACAUGAACUGA